UGCUGCUGGUGUCAAAUCUUGCUUCGUGUAUGGGCUCUGUCUAUGUAAAGGAUCGCUGACACAGCGCCUAAACUCUCGCGAAAUUGGCAACAAAUCUGACCAAAAUGCUGAGACUUUGCUAUUUCCGGGUCAUGGAGAGGCUGUGGUGGACAGGACGAAAGGCGGAGUGAUUACUGGGGAGGUUUGGCUGUCAAGUGACUCACUAUCCAGCUGGUGCUAAUCACCUCAGUGCAUGUCUGCAGAAGCUAACCGCAGCUAACUAGCUCGGUACUGCCUGACAGCCCCGCUUCCCCGGUCACAUGAGACGAAUUUGACCGGAGGGAGGAUGGCGGAGCGGGAUAUGCCGCCAGGAGAUCUUCCUCUGCGGUCUUCUUCAGAAAGUUCCGGCAAACAAAACUCCUCCGAUGAAAAUGGACACACUGACAGCCCGGACGAAACUCUCUCCCCGACCUCAGUGAUUUACUUCAAGGAGGCUUUAAACUCGUCCAACCUGCGCUUCGCAAAGACUGGAUCGCUGCCGCCCGCUCCGCUUCGACAGUAUGACUUCCAGAUUGAACGAAUCGAAUCGAGGCGACGAAAUCCCAAGGAUCCCAUCGCGAUCGAGAGGCUUAACUUGAUGAACAUGGCCAAACUGAGCAUCAAGGGCCUGAUCGAGUCUGCGCUCAACCUGGGACGCACGCUGGACUCUGACUAUGCACCUCUGCAGCAGUUCUUUGUCGUGAUGGAGCACUGUCUGAAACACGGGCUGAAAACUAAGAAGACCUUCCUGGGGCAGAACAAGUCCUUCUGGGGACCAUUGGAGUUGGUUGAGAAGCUGACGCCUGAGGCAGGAGAGAUCACUGCCAGCGUAAAAGACCUGCCUGGGCUCAAAACUCCUCUAGGAAGAGGACGCGCCUGGUUACGACUGGCCUUGAUGCAGAAGAAGCUCUCAGACUAUAUGAAGACCAUCAUCAACAGAAAGGACCUGCUCAGUGAAUUUUACGAGCCGAACGCGUUGAUGAUGGAGGAGGAAGGCGCCGUCAUCGCCGGGCUUCUGGUUGGAUUAAAUGUCAUCGAUGCCAAUCUGUGUAUGAAGGGAGAGGACUUGGAUUCGCAGGUUGGGGUGAUCGAUUUCUCCAUGUACCUAAAAGACGGUGGACACAGCAGCAAGAGCGUGGAGGGGGACGGUCAGAUCACGGCGAUUCUCGAUCAGAAGAACUACGUGGAGGAGCUGAACAGACAUUUAAGCGCGUCGGUAAAUAACCUGCAGGCCAAAGUGGACGCUCUGGAAAAGUCCAACACGAAGCUGACAGAAGAGCUCGCAGUGGCGAAUAACAGGAUCAUCACUUUACAAGAAGACGUGGAGAGAGUAAAGGAGGAGAGCUCAUAUCAGCUGGAGUCCAGAAAGGCAUUAAGAAGUGAUUCAGCAGCAGACGGACAAGCGCUGGGGGAAACACGCAAGCAGCUCAAAGAGGAAACUUUGCUUCGACUGGAUGUGGAGAAGGAGCUGGAGGUGCAGAUCGGGAUGAAGCAGGAGAUGGAGCUGUCCAUGAAGAUGCUGGAGAAAGACGUCUGUGAGAAGCAGGACGCUCUGGUGGAGCUCAGACAGCAGCUGGAAGACCUUCGUGCCAUCAACCAACAGCUAAUGCACAAGUCACAGAGUGCCGAUGCCAGCUCGAAACAGAAGAGUGAGGUCAUCGUUCGCAUGGAGGAGAAAAUAAACCAGAUGUCAGGGACCAUAAAACAGCUGGAGACCAGAUGCAAGCAGGCGGAGAAGGAGAGGGACCUGGCUUUAGAGGCGAACCGGCUCUUCAAGCAGGACUUUGGAGACAAAAUCGAGAGUCUGCAGGUGGAGGUGGAGCAGCUGAGGAAGCAAAGGUCUCAUCUGGAGCGAGAGCUGAGAAAAGGUCGCGAUCGAAAGAGCGAGCAUCACCUCAGUGCCUCCUCGGUACCUCAGUCCAGCACUCCUCGGACCGACAGGAGACAACCAGAGGAUGUACCAAAACAACUCCCAGAAUCCCCGUCAGUGAAGGAGAAAGACCAGUUACAAAGUGGCCCGGAGGACAAAACCAGCCUGAGCUCCAGCUUGUCCCUGUCGCAUCACGAGGAUGAACAGAAAGAAUCGUUCUUGGAGAUCAGCGAGCCUUCCAUGUGUACGAUGUGUGAGCAGGCCGACUCCCUCCUCAAGACAAAGAAACAGUGUAAGAACUGCAGCGGCGUUUUCUGUGAGAGCUGCGUGUCCAAAGAGCUGCCUUUACCUUCCUCCAUUCUCCCAGAGACGGUCUGCACAGCCUGCUACUCGCUGUUACUCCAACAAUACGCUUCAUCACCGACAUGAACCCGCAAUCAUCAGACACAGCAGAGGCGCUCGAGUGUAAAACUGGCACUUAAAAACCAAAAAAUCCCAACUUCCUGACAUCCUAAGAAUCACGGGGUCUGUGAGAUAUUUAAAUCAGUCUGGUGUGUGUGUGUGUGUGUGUGUGUGUGUGUGUGUGCGCGCGCGCAGGUUUUCCUUAUAAUAAAAACAGCUGAAGCCAUUUAUCUUCCUUUUCUGGUUCGCAGUGUGUCCGUUGGUGAUUUAGGCUUCUGUCGGCACUUUUAAGCUAAACUUGCACUCCCUCACAUGGCUGGAUUAAAAAAAAUAAAAGAAUCAUCUCAUUUACGGACACUAAGUGAUGAAAAGUUUAACUGACAUAUCUUUAUCCCUAGUGUUAAAAGAUAAAAAAGGAAAAACUGGAAUUCAAGGCUCGGUGUUUCGAUUCAGAGAUCAGGAUAUGGAGUUACUCACACGUUUAUGCACUUUUGUGAUUAAACUGGUGUCAGAUUCAGGGAAAAUCCUGACAAAGUCGGUCAAAAUGACCGAAUGCUGUCAUGUUAUGUGUCAUUACUUCCUUAAAGACUUUUUAAAAAAAAUUCAUGCAAUAUAUGAAAAAAAGUUACAAAGUGUUUAUUUCCAGAGUGGAGCGGAUUCUGGGAAUUAUAAAGAAAACUGAAUUUUAGCAUAAAUAACCAAAUCCACCUUAAGAGGUCAACAUUUAACAUGCCAAUUUGCAUUUCCAGCGUUGUGUGCUGGAAACUUGGACAGCAAUUCAGAAGUCAUUCCCAAUAAAAAUCAGUAUCACCAUUAAAUUCUUCAUCUUUGGAUCUAUUUUAGAAACUGAAUUUGUCUCGUGUCUUAAUAUUGGUAAAGCUAUAAAAAUGGAGACCAAUUCAAAGCUGUUCAUGGAGAAUCAACCUCAACAAGCAAGUCAGUGAAAACCGCAAGAUCAGAGUUUUGAUCGAAGGUUUGCACAUUUCAGACUCGGCCCCGGUGCUCUGUUCAGGAACAGCUGCUCCCGUCAGGGCCGGGAAACUUUAGAUGCAGUGUUUCAUUUUUGCAACGAUGUGUUAGUCGGCACUUUUCCUGAGCGGUUUUGGUCUCGUUUCCUUUCUUUAUGCUAAGCUCAGCUAGUUUCAUGUAAUGAGAGAUAAUAAAUGUAUUUUGCAAAUGAUCACCUGAUUCUUAAGUUUACAAAGCUGUUUUCUUUUUCCUGCUGUUGUGUAUUAGAAGUGGCAUUAACAAGAAGGCUUAAAAUCAGUCAUUUAGCAUGAAGUCACAUUUGAGUCUGGUGUGUUUUAAACUGUAGCAGGUGAAUCAUACAUUUUUAGACUGAAGGCUUUUUGCUUUGGAUAAACUGAAUGUGUUUCAGCACUUUUGAUGCACGGCUCUCUGCCUGGCUGAGGUAAAGUGAAGACAUAUCAGUGCAGGUUUAACUUUUAUGUUCUGUUGAUUAAAAACAACUAAAUCUUUAUAUUUUUGUGGCUGAUGAUUAACAGGUGAAGUGGAACAGCUUCUUGGCUUAAUAAACAUAAGAAUUUA